ACUCCUCUUCCCCAAAUCGCGCACCCGGAAACAAUUGACAGACAGCAAAAUGUCGUACUACUUCACGAUCCUCUCGCCUACCGAUGCCCCACUUUUCAACAUCGCCUUUGGCACCUCGAAAAGCGGCGGCGAUGGCAUCGCCCGCUUCCGAUUUCCGGAUACUGCGCAGUACAUGAACCAGUUCAUUAUCCAUUCGAGUUUGGAUAUUGUUGAGGAGGCGCAGUGGAUGAAUGGAAAUCUGUACCUAAAACACAUCGACACCUACCCCCCAGCCCAAGCCUACAUCUCCGCCUUCCUCACCCCCUCCGGCGCACGCUUCCUCCUCCUCCAUCAACCCCCCCAACUCCCCUCAUCAACAUCCUCCGGAGGAGGAAACACUGGUUCUUCAUCACUACUAGGAUCCUCGUUCUCCGCAUCCGCGCUGGGAGGAGGCAGCUCGGGGCGCGCGUCGAGUAGUUCUAUCGCGGCGAAUCCGACGGCGCCGCAGACGGAGGAGGCUGUGAGGCAGUUUAUGAAUGAGGUUUAUGAGAAUUAUGUCAAGACGGUUAUGAGUCCGUUUUAUCGGGUGGGGUUGGAGAUUAAAAGUCCGGUUUUUAGGGCGAGGGUUACGGCUGCGGGGAGGAAGUGGUUAUAGUUCUUUUGUUUGAGUGGGUUUGGUUGGGUUGUUUUAUUGUGGAUAGCAUGGCGUUUGGGUUGUUUUUGUUAGAUGUGUAUUUAUAUCUGCCGUAGCCAGGUAGUUAUGCGGAUUCAUUGAAUGAUACCCGUGACUUGAAUAGUCUAGAUCAAUGAAUCGCAAAAUAUAUAACUCCGAGGUAUUGUCAACUCGCU